CACUGAUACUAGUUUGAAACGGGAACGUUUCCUGUUCUGAAAGAAUUCAAGUGUUUUUAUCUCUGACAUCUUAUCUUGCUGGACUCUGAGCCUCGUAAACCAGCUGAUCCAGUCUGAGCAGGUUUCCUGGUUCCCGCCCCUGCAGAUAUGCAGCUAUAAGACGGGUCUGAACAACACGAGCUGAACACAGAGCUGACAGCCUUCGUUCUCUGCACACCUGAUUUGAAGAUCAGAGCUCAGACUAUUUACACCUUUGAGGAAGUAAAACGUCUCAGUCUCAGUUAUCGAGAGGAGAAAUGGCGCAGAAAGGAGAUCAGCUGGACCAGGAAACCUUUUCUUGUUCGAUCUGUUUGGAUCUUUUAAAGGAUCCGGUGGCUAUUCCCUGUGGACACAGUUACUGUAUGAACUGUAUUAACAACUACUGGGAUGAAGGAGAGAAAAAACUCCCCAGCUGUCCUCAGUGUAGAGAGACAUUUAUCCCAAGGCCUGCACUGGUGAAAAACACCAUGUUAGCGGCUUUAGUGGAGCAGCUAAAGAAGACUGGACUCCAAGCUGCUCCUGCUGAUCACUGCUAUGCUGGACCUGAAGAUGUGGCCUGUGAUUUCUGCUCUGGGAGAAAACUGAAAGCUGUCAAGUCCUGUUUGUUCUGUCUGGCCUCUUACUGUGAGAAACACCUUCAACCUCAUCAUGAUUCAUCUACAUUCAAGAAACACCAGCUGGUGCAUCCCUCCAAGAACCUGCAGGACAACAUCUGCCCCCGUCAUGGUGAGGUGAUGAAGAUGUUCUGUCGUACUGAUCAGAAGUGUAUCUGUUAUCUCUGCUCUGUGGAUGAACAUAAAGGCCACGACACAGUCUCAGCUGCAGCAGAAAGGACUGAGAGGCAGAGAAAGAUGGAGGUGAGACGACAACAGAUCCAGCAGGAGAUCCAGGGCAGAGAGAAAGAUGUGAAGCUGCUCCAGCAGGAGGUGGAGGACAUCAAUCAGUCUGCUGAUAAAACAGUGGAGGACAGUGAGGAGAUGUUCACUGAGCUGAUCUCUCUCCUCCAGAAGAGAAGCUCUGAGGUGAAGCAGCAGAUCAGAUCCCAGCAGGAAACUGAAGUGAGUCGAGUCAGAGAGCUGGAGGAGAAGCUGCAGCAGGAGAUCAGUGACCUGAAGAGGAGAGACGCUGAGAUGAAGCAGCUCUCAGACACCGAGGACCACAACCAGUUCCUCCACAGCUGCCCCUCACUGUCCCCACUCAGUGAGUCCACACACUCCUCCAGCAUCAGCAUCCGUCCUCUCAGAUACUUUCAGGAUGUGGCAGCAGCUGUGUCAGAGGUCAGAGGUCGACUACAGGACAUCCUGAGAGACACGUGGACAAACAUCUCACUGACAAUCACUGAUGUGGAUGUUUUACUGCCACGACCAGAACCAACGAGCAGAGCUGGAUUCUUGAAAUAUUCAUGUGAAAUCACUCUGGAUCCAAACACAGUAAACCCAUGGUUUUCACUGUCAGAGGAGAACAGAAAGGUGACAGUUAUGAACAAACGUCAAUCUUAUUCUGAUCAUCCAGACAGAUUCAUUCAUUUUCAUCAGGUCCUGAGUAGAGAGAGUCUGACUGGACGUCAUUACUGGGAGGUGGAGAAGACAGCAGGUAGAGUUAGUGUAGCAGUUUCAUACAAGAAUAUCAGCAGAUCAGAGAAGGAAAGUAGAUUUGGAUUUAAUGACACAUCUUGGUCACUAGAUUGUUACUCAGGCAGUUAUGGAUUUAUCUACAACAACAUCGAAACCUCCAUCCCAGGUCCUCUGAGCUCCAGAAUAGGAGUUUACCUGGAUCACAGAGCAGGAGUUCUGUCCUUCUACAGCGUCUCUGAAACCAUGACCCUCCUCCAUAGAGUCCAGACCUCCUUCACUCAGCCGCUCCAUUCUGGAGUUCGAGUUUACGACCCUCCUGGAAACUCAGCUGAGUUCUGUAAACUCAGAUAGACGUGUUUCCUUCUCCAUGUUUAUGAGUCAGAGUUGAUUGUUGUGAUGUUUUUUCACCGUUCAGAGAUCCUCGUCUCAAACUCUGAUUAUAGAGGAACUUUGUUGUUCAGGUGUUUUGCAAAUUUCAAUCUUAUUUCUGGUAAUUCAUGGGCUGUUUUAGUCUGUUUUAUUUGAUCAUGUGUCUUUAUGUUUUAAUCACAUUAUUGUUCUUCAACUUCAUGAAGCUGAACAGAAAAAGCAGCAGAUCUGCAGAUCAGAUGAUGUUGAUGUCUAAAUUUGUU